CAAAAAGAAGUUUUUGAAGGGCAGAUUGACGACGCUCUGGAAAACAGAAAUCUCGUGUAACAUAAAUUUGUUAUAGUUAACAGGUCUUUCUUUAGUUUGUAGAUUAUUCUGAGGACUUCUGAUUACAGCAUACAUAUAACUAUAUAAAAAGGUUCGGCCAUUCAGCGACGCCGUCAGUCGUGGGUCGUUUGCCGUUUGCGUAGUCGUGUAAGGUUGACGUACUGCCAGUGCUUCGGAUUUUCUAAUGGAUCAUUUAAUGAGUGCAACAACAGAAGAAAAACUAGCACUUGCUGUCGGAGAAUUUAAAAAUGCCUUUACUUCAUCCAUAAAGGCGACCACGACUUCUGCGAUGGAGGCCCAGGGAAACCUGGGCUUUCUUCACGCCUUUAUAGCUUCUCUUUCCGUUAUUGUGGUUUCCGAAUUAGGGGAUAAAACUUUUUUCAUCGCUGCGAUCAUGGCAAUGAAGUAUCCGAGGCUUACAGUUUUUAUUGGAGCCAUUGGAGCACUCGCACUUAUGACUAUUCUUUCAGUUGUAUUCGGAUACGCAGCUACUAUAAUUCCACGCGCAUACACCUACUACAUUUCGACUGCACUAUUUGCUUUAUUUGGACUAAAAAUGCUCAGGGAUAGUUACUACAUGUCUCCUAAUGAAGGACAGGAGGAAUUUGAGGAGGUUCAGUCCGAUUUGAGAAAACGGGAUGACGAAUUUGAGAAAAAUGCGGAAAGUACUUUAGUUCAAGAUCCAGAGACUGGGGCCAUUAAAAAAACACAAAAAAAAAGUGCUUUGAUGAUGCUUUCAAGGAUUUUCUUUCAGGCUUUUAUGCUUACAUUCCUUGCCGAAUGGGGAGAUCGCUCUCAACUCACUACAAUUCUCCUUGCUGCUCGAGAGGAUGUGUAUGGUGUCAUAAUAGGUGGAAUUUUAGGUCAUUCGUUUUGCACGGGAUUAGCUGUUCUCGGUGGACGAAUGAUAGCUCAAAAAAUAUCAGUGCGAACAGUCACGUUGAUUGGAGGAAUCGUAUUUUUGAUUUUCGCGGUGACAGCGUUGAUCAUAAAUCCUGAAGACGUAUGAUCAAUUGAAAAAUAAAGAAAUCGAAAGAAUACGCAAGUGAUUCGUUAUAGAAUCAGCUUUCUAUGGAAAUUCGACCUUCCAGAACCACUAGGCCCCUUACUUCUAUUAUCCGCCAUUUUUUGGACAUUCAUCAUUUUCGACAGCUGACGCAGCAGGAAAGCCAAGAACACGAAUUAUUAUGUACUUACUUCAAUUACCUUUCAUAAAUUUUUUAUAUGGAAUAGAUAGUAGAAAAUUUUUUAAAUUUAAUGUAUAAUUCUAUUAUGUCGAUUCCAAUUUCCAUAAUAGCCAAAAGGUUAUAUCGCAAGCAGGCGAACAAAGAUAUAGACUCUUCGCGAAUCAGUAUUUUUCGUGUUACCUAGAGUAAAUCCUAAAAGUAGAAUAAGUAGCCAUCGCAAACGCAUUUAGUGAAAAUAUGAAUAACUUUUCUAAUAGGCAUUAUAUUUGUAGGAUUAUUGCUUUAUUUUGUAAGCUUCCACGAGGGACUUUGGCGACUAAGAUCACGUCUCGGGCCUAGUCGAUAUUAUACAACUAAAUGUAAAUGGUACGAUACAAAUUGUAAAAUACUGUGUGCUACUCGAAUUGUAAUUUUAUCAUGUGUAAAUAAGUGAUACGUUCGUAUUGCGCUUCUCAGAUUGUAUAGCCCCUGUAAACUUAUAUCCAAGUCUUUGAUAAAUUAUAUUUUUAUAGAGA